CCCAUUGGCUCUCUCCCUCUCUCCCCCGAUUCACUCACUCAUCGGGUCCUUCGCGUUGUUUUUUCUCCCACUCUCUCCGUCUCUGUGACGGACCCUGUGGAGUGAAGCGCACUCACACCCUCCAGCACAGUUGCGCUGAUCUUCCAGAUAUUCGCUGCAGCAGGUUGCCCUUGCGGGUGGCUCAACCACCUUCCCAGAACCACAGUUUUGUUUUGUUUUUUGACCGAGUAAAGACAGUUUCUGUUGGCACCGUGCUUUUACGCAUGGAGGUUGGAACCAGCCUGCUCACAUUUACGCAUGGCUGUAUCUCUUCUUUUCGGAAGAUGCUGCCGGGCUUAUGAGAGCUUGUCAGGGCGUCAAGAAGGGUGUAAAAAGUGAGCAACGAUGCGGGGCACAGAGCUUCUGCUCGGCUACUUUCUGGUUAAAGUUAUGGUGUGCGACGCGGAGGGCGAGCCGGGUCAAACCGUCGACGACUUCAUGUUCGUCACCGGGUUUAACGACUCGAAGGAAGAGGAGAGCGAGGUCACGGAGAACCCGCACACGGAGGACAAGUGUCGCGGCUACUACGACGUGAUGGGUCAGUGGGACCCGCCGUUCGUGUGCAGGACGGGCAGCUACCUGUACUGCUGCGGCACCUGUGGCUUCAGGUUCUGCUGCGCGUUUAAAAGCUCCCGGCUGGACCAGACCACCUGUAAGAACUACGACACCCCGCCGUGGAUGAUGACAGGCAGACCUCCGCCGAAAGUGGACGUGGCCCUGGAAUCCGCGAAGGAUAAGACCAACCUCAUCGUGUAUGUCAUAUGCGGAGUCGUGGCCAUAAUGGCACUAAUAGGGAUUUUCACCAAGCUUGGUUUGGAAAAGACGCACCGUCCGCACAGAGAAAACAUGUCCAGAGCUCUUGCACAUGUGAUCCGGCACCCUGCCUCAGACACAGACGACAUCGGACUCGGUCAGCACUACGAGAACAUACAAACCAGAGUCACGGUCGACAGUUUCCACAGCAAUCAGAUGAACAAUGUGGCUCAAGCAGCAGGUUUGAUCAGUCAGCCGUACCCAGCUGUGGGCCAGAUCACCAGCCCUUAUGAACAACAGAAGCCUGUCAAGGACCUCAACAAGUACUCCACACUCAAGGCUGUCGCAGAGAAAGCUAAUGACAGCUUCCACAGCAACCGGAGGCAAGUGAUGGAGAUGACGGCCAAGGGCAGCCUCCCCAUGGACGGUGUGGACAUGGAGCCAGAGCCGAGUAACCCUUAUAGCCCGCCCAGACAGCUGGCUUCAAAGCAGAACGGAUACAAGUACAGGAGCCCCAGGAGCCACAGCACCCAGUCACUGUCCUACAGCUCCAGCACCGCCGCCAGCCCGGGCGUGCCAAGAUCCUGGGAGAACAAGGACACACUGGGACUCCGACAGAACUACGGCCCAAAGAAACUCUGCAUCAUAGAAAAGGAGCUGCACACCACUCGCUACAUUCCUCCACAGCCGUACUUUGUCACCAACAGCAAGACAGAAGUGACCGUAUGAGGGACUGUCUGAACAUCAGGCUUCAAACUAGUCUGCGUUUUAAGAGAGACAGUAGCUGUGCACUGUGGGUAGCUUUUUCAAGAAAGCAGCAUGGACUGUAGCAUGUGCAUUUGUGUAUGUAACGGCAAGCACUGGAAACAGCACCUAAAGGUGAAGUGUACUGUAACGGGACUGUGUGUCAAUCACUGUGUCUCAGAAGGGCACAAUAUGUUGUGUUUGAUAUCGAUGUAAUCCAACAUAGCUCAUAUAUUACAGACGAGAUGAGGCGUGACACAUUAAAUACUGUCGUCAGUAUCUACUGAAGAGAUAUCAGGUCCUUAAAGUUAAAAUACAUUAUGUCAUUUUUAUUAAAGUAACAUUGUGUAAUUUAGAAAGAAAAAAAGUCUUUAUUUAUCUCGUCAGAUCUGAGUUGCCUGCAGUUGAUUGGGUUUCAAUUAAAUUUGUAACUAGACCAUAGAUACUGUUAAUCGUCAAGAAGCGUUCAUGUGCUGAAGAGAACAAAUGUGUUGAUCCGAUAGGUGCUGGAUAAAGUGGAGCAGGUUUCUGUUCCAUGCUCUCAAUGUGAGCCAUCUCAAACAUCACUUACAGUUGUAUUACGGUGUCUCAAAACUCAAACUUAAGUAAGAACUGUACUUAUUUAAGAAAAAGACUGUCAGAGAAGCGCAAGUUGUUAGGGUUUGUUUCCAAAAUGCCUUUGACUUUUGAAGAUUCUUUAGCUAGGCUGAAUCAUUCAGUGUUAAAUAUAUAGAGGGAUCAGUCUUUCAGUGUUCCUGUUGAUUUAAUGACUUAACACCCAUUAAAAUGUCCAUUUAAAUAUCGUGAAUAGUGUCACUUUCUUAAAGUGGUAGACGUCACACUGAAGGAGAAGAUCCAAACGCAUUGGGAACAGAGAUCACAGUGGGACGUACUGUAACUAGGAGAAAUAUUCAGUAGCUGCAGUGUGAACAACCUGUGUCGUGUUGGUGUAAUAGUGCCUCUCACCAGUAUCAGCAUGUGUGUGAUUAUCCUACUGUACAUGAAGCCCCGGUAUUAGAACAGUGAUUGGUUUUAUUCUUAGUAAUCCAUUAUGUUCAUUUUCAGUGUGGUGGCUGAGAGUUCGCUUCAUACUCAAGCCUCUUGGCUUUUAUACAACAUGUAUGUAAUUUUAUGUGACUUUAAUCUCACAUUUAAUGAAUGUAUCUAGUCUGAAAGGAGCAGCAAUUGGCGCAUUCAGUGUUGGAGGUUAACAGUUACUUUUCUUUUCAUUGCUUCUGGGACCACUAACCCUAACCUUAACCCUAACCUUGACCCUAACCCUAACACACCCGGAAACAUUUAUGGCUGACUGAUACAAGCAACCCGCAACGCAACAAUGUUUAGCAGGUCUGCUUGAACUACUGUGCAAAAUUCCAAGCUGAAAGUCGCCGGAAAACUCAUGCCAACUAAUGGCAACUCAACAACAUUCACGCCACACUUGGUGAAAGAAGUACACUUGGUUACACCGAUUUCUCGGCCAAGCAGUUUAAUUUCGUUCACGCCUUACUGCAAGUCUUACUCAUGCGGUUGACUAUUUGAAGCAGCUGGAUACAAGGCUGCACUCAGAGCUGCUACACAAGUGGGAAGUGGAACCUGCUGGUGUAAAAAGUGCAAUAUAUAUAUAUUUAACAAGGCCCGAAAUGAUGCACAUUGUAUUCGGGUGGUUGUUAUUCUCACAAACUUUUGACCAGACUGUAUGCACAAUUUUCCAUAAUGUACACAUAGACUGAAGUAUCCUGUCACAUACUUACUGUGUUUAUUUUCCAGCUCUGUGACAUCUGUUCGGUCACCUAAGACAAUGCUGUAUAGUCACUACUGCCGACUGUUAUUUUUUUGUGAUUGCAAAUGGUUUUAUUUCUUCGGCAUCAAUACUGAAGUCACUGUAAUGAAAGUAUAACACUUUUACACUUAAAGAUCUAGUGUAAUACCGCCACUUAAAACAUGCUGUGUAUAACAUACACCCAUUGAGGAAUGCCUCCUUUACCACAGCUUUUGGUUAUCCUUUUUUUUUUUUAUUUAUCUCAUCUGAAUAUGCAUUUGAUUACCCAACUAUUACUAAUCGAUGCUAUGUCUCUAUUUACGACACAAGGUUACUUUUGUUAAAGCAAACAUUUCACAUUUCCUUUUCAGUGCAGUCUUGGAUGUUCCAAGGCUCAUGAAACAUUUUCUCAACGUGGAAAACCUCCCCAGCAGCUUUUGCGGUGAAACAAGGUUUUGGAGAAUGAUACAUGUCAACAAUGAGAACUUAUUUUUACGUUUUAGAUUUACAGGAAAGGUUCUUGGCCAGUGAACAACUAUAACUCACCAGUUCACACUGGUGAACUCACGCUGGUGAACUUCGUUUAACAUCCCAUGUCAGCAAAUUUCUGAUGCUGUUUUGGAUCCUGUAAGUGGCUCGUUCAACUCACCAACCUCUUUAUUUAGAAAUAAAAACCUCUGACUGAUUGCUGAACCUGCCAGCAGAAAGAAAUUAAAGCACAUCUAUAUUUCUGUCUGGCUCUCUCGGCCGACGCUCUUCUCCAACACCGCACCAGAUGGUAUCAUAACGUGGAAGAGGCCCAGAGUGCAGCCAAAGGACCUCUCUCAUAUAAUACAUUACAGUCUGUUCUAGUGUGAGUAGAAAAGGUGUCAUUAUGCUGUCAACAUUAAAAUUAUUUUUUAA